UGCAGUAAAUUCAACUGAUUGGACCUGAUGAAGAAAAGCACACACACCUGUUUAUAUAAAGCUCUCACACCUGACGAUGCACAUCAGAGCAACAAACAAGCCGUGAGGUCGAAGGAACUUUCUGCAGAGCUCAGAGACAGGAUUGUGUCGAGGCACAGAUCUCGGAAAGGCUACAAAAAAAUACACUAAAAUCUUGUGAUCGCUUUUGGGCUGCAACAAAUGAUUAUUUUCUUGUUUAAUCAAUUAGUUGUUUGGUCUAUAAAAUGUCAGAAAAUGAUGAAAAAUGUCGAUGAGUGUUUCCCAAAGCCCGAGAUGAUGUUCCAGAUUCUCAGAGUCCAAGGGAGGUCAGAGGUCAUGUAAUCUCCAUCAGGGGAAUAUUAAAACCAAAGAACAACAAGGCAACAUCGCCUUACGACAGCGCCUAGCAACAAAGCUACGCUUCCACCAUUUUGUACUGAAAGCGACUACUGGACGGCAGUAAAACAUCGCCUAAAAGGUGCCGCACAAAGAAACAGGUGAAAUUUGCAGGAAGUCAUCCGCUCCACAGGCUCCAUCAGGAUGAGGCUUUACCAAGGAGUACUGGGAUGAAUGACUCAAAGAUGGCGUUUAAAGAUCCCGGUGUGAACUUCAACAGUGGUUUUAAAAUCAACAGACCACCAGCUGCAAGAUGUGAACCACAACUCCAACACGUGACGACCAUACAAAUCCCCAAAACCAUCACCGCAGCCCCAUUUCUGAAGCACGCAGCCCUAACACCAGCUCAGAAGGAGUAUCUGUACACCAUCGCUGCUUCCUACAGCACCGUGCGCGUGCGUAACCUCAUCACCCAACACUACAUGAACGUGCUGCACAGGAGUAUACCAGCAGGCUACAGUUCUGAAAGAGACGACCUUGUGUCUUCAGCUAUCUCUCCGGGGGCAGAUGAGAGCGAUAAACGCCGCUUUGAAGUUCCUUCCAGGGCGAAACACAAGGAGAAGAUAAACGCUACUGCAAAGAAUCCUGGGAAAUCCUUUCUUCCAAAAAUCCCAAACACACAAGCCAGGCUUUCCAACACAUCAGAUUCAAAACAAAAAAAGAUGAAGAAACGUACAACAACAUCUCCAACACUGAGAAGAAAAAGUCCACGAAGAGCGAGGAUCAGGCUGUUGGAGGAAGACGAGGAGGAGGAGGAGGAGGAAGGACUGGAUGAUUCUCUGAGUGAAUGUUUGAGUUCACUCUCUCUCGGAGAAUGGGAUGAUGACACGUUCUCAGAUUUAUGACAUUCCUAUUGAACUUUUGAGAUGUCACGAUGACAUUUGUGUCCAUAUAAACUGAGAAUAAUCUCCCCUCUGUCAUAGCUCCAGGUAAAGACCAACAAACCUCUGGGUUUAUAAUGCACCAGGUCAUUUUGUAUUUCGGUGUCCCCCAGUGGCAGCGAGAGGAAACCUUUUGAAGACUUUAUUUCCAGGAAAUCACGUGUUCAGUUCUUGUAUUGGUGUAAGGCAUGCAGUGGAAUCACAGCUCAUAGUUGUAAGUGUUCACAUGAUUCACUCUUUGGGGAGACGCCAACCACAAAUAUUUUACUGACACGUGAUCAAUUAAAACAAACAGCAACAGCAACAGAUACUGCUUUUUAAAGACAGCUUUAAAUAACUGAAUAUCUUGAUUUUUUUUUAAAGAUGGAUUUGUUAGAUGGACUGCAGCCAUGGUUCCUAUAUGCUGUAUAGUAUAUUCUGUAUAUGCUUUCUGAUUGGUAUUUGGCAUUUAUUUCAGUAACUUGUCAAACAACUGUUCUCUCACUGUGGUUUCAUAUCCACUGAUUUGUAUCCCUUUGUUUUUAAUAAUCUUAUUCAUCUUUAAUAUUGUUUUAUGUUCAUUUCUAGUCAUUUUUUCGUGUUCAGUUAUUACUUACUGUCUGCGCUGUAGCCCAAUUUUCAAAAAUAUUGAGGUCAUGAGUCCAAAUUUUCUCAUGGAGCACAACCCAACACCCCUAAAGAACUAAAAAGGUAAAAUAUAUUCUGAAUAUUCUUAAUUUUUCACAUCAUUUACCUGCUAAAAUACAUAUUUGGUGAAUUUUAUCUUCCUCCAUGAAGGUCUUAAUGUUGUUUCAGUGACUUCUCUGUAUUGUCAGCAAUAUAAUAAUGAUUAUUCUUAACAUUUUUGUCCUAAAAAGUCCCAU